AGGAAGAAGUUUCCAAGAAACUGAGGAAGUGUCUCAAAAACUGAACACUUGUUGAGUGCUUCCACUUCCACUCUUCCUUCGUAUCCCUUCCCAAUUUUUCUUCCACGAGGGUUGUGAUAAUCUUGCAGAUUGUUGAUUAAUGCUUUAUGAGGAAGGAAGGAACUAGAAGCUAAAGCAUGAUGAGAAGCAAUCCCACUUCCAAUGCCGAGGUUGUUCUGUCCUCUCCUCCUUCCUAAACCCCAUCCAAGGUUGUCACUUAUAUUCCCACUAACUAAAUCCAACAAUUGAAGCAAAGCCAAUACCCAUGAGUCCCAUCCUUCAUGGACAGGGACAAAAUCAAUUCUUUCAACAAGAAUCAAGAAUUUUGAUUUAAACUCAGCCCCCCCGCCAAUAUUCAACUUAUUUCAUCCAUACAUUUUAAAAAUAAAAUAAUAAGAAACAAGUUCUUGGUUGGAUAGAGAGAGAGAAGAUGAAAAUGGGAAAAGUGGUGAUGGUGCUUGCACUUAUGGUGUUGUUCAACUUGUCUUCUUGUUCAGCUUGGUUUGGUAACAAACACAAAAGUGGAAGGAACUCAAUUCUCCCAGGUGAAGCCACGUCAUCAUGGCCAAGGCUAUUCAAUCCUUCUGGCUCCUCUGUUGUGUUCCCCCUUCAUGGCAAUGUUUACCCUGUUGGGUUCUAUAAUGUUACUCUCAAUAUCGGUCAGCCACCAAGGCCUUAUUUUCUUGAUGUGGACACGGGUAGUGACCUCACAUGGCUCCAAUGUGAUGCCCCUUGUACUCAUUGCUCUGAGACGCCCCAUCCACUGUACAAACCCAGCAAUGACUUUGUACCAUGCAAGGAUCCCCUAUGUGCAUCCUUGCAGCCCACUGAGGACUACAAUUGUGAACACCCUGAUCAAUGUGACUAUGAAGUUAGUUAUGCAGAUCAGUACUCAACCUUUGGUGUGCUACUCAACGAUGUCUACCUUCUCAACUUUACCAAUGGAGUCCAACUUAAAGUUCGAAUGGGACUUGGGUGUGGAUAUGAUCAAGUCUUUUCACCUUCUUCUUAUCAUCCUUUAGAUGGAAUACUAGGCCUUGGAAGGGGAAAGGCCAGCUUGAUAUCCCAGCUGAAUAGUCAGGGCUUGGUGAGAAAUGUGAUUGGACACUGUUUAAGUUCACAAGGAGGAGGAUAUAUUUUCUUUGGAAAUGUAUAUGAUUCUGCUCGAGUGAGUUGGACUCCAAUUUCAUCUAUAGAUUCCAAACAUUAUGCAGCAGGGCCAGCUGAACUUGUUUUAGGAGGAAGGAAAACUGGGGUUGGAAGUCUGUCUGCUGUUUUUGACACUGGGAGUUCUUACACUUACUUCAAUUCUCAUGCUUACCAAGCACUAGAUGCUUGGCUGAAGAAGGAAUUAAGUGGAAAGCCCAUAAAAGCAGCACCUGAUGAUCAGACUUUACCUCUCUGCUGGCACGGUAAAAGACCUUUCAAAAGCAUACGUGAUGUCAGAAGAUACUUCAAGCCUGUGGCACUUAGUUUCACCAAUGGUGGAAGAGUCAAAGCUCAAUUUGAGAUCCCUCCUGAAGCCUAUCUGAUAAUAUCAAACUUGGGAAAUGUUUGUCUGGGAAUUCUAAAUGGCUCUGAAGUAGGGUUGGAGGAACUAAACCUAAUUGGAGACAUAUCCAUGCAAGACAAAGUGAUGGUAUUCGAAAAUGAGAAGCAGUUGAUUGGUUGGGGAGCUGCAGAUUGCAGCCGUGUUCCAAAAUCGAGAGAUUUCAGUAUUUGAUCAUAAAGGCAUGCAUAGGGAUGGUAUCAUUAGAGAAUGAUGUAGUCCUGAAGUUUAUACAGCAGGGUGAUUGCACUACUGCUACUACUACUAAAUACAAAUGUAUGUUUGAUUGUGAUUUGUGAAUAUAGCCUUGUGUAUAUUAUAUCAGUACAUUGGAGCAGGGUAUAAAGUCUAUCAUCAUGAUGAGAAUAUUCAGUGUUGUAUAAUUGAUUAAUUGUAUGUGCUACAUUCAGAUUACCGAAGUAAUUAGUUAUAUUAGCAUUAGUUUGACAAGUUGAGGCAGUAUGGAUAUACUUCAAUUAUUCUGUA